AUGCUUUGCCCAACAUGUUGCAGGAUAUUUCACGGGCGAGCCCCCAGACUCGACGAAAGAAUCAGGCAUGCAUUCUCCCUCGAGGAGUUCCAGAGCUCCCUGGCACUUGAGUGCUUCAUCUGCUGCGGGUUGCGGGAUAAUUUCAGAAUAGAUACAGAGGCGUACGAAAUCGACAGUAUCGACCACUUGGUUGGCAUUCGAGCAGUGGAAUACAAGUUGGAGAUCAUGGGGUUGAUGAAUGAUAGGAUUCGAACGCCAGAUCGACCAAAGUAUCGGUACUUGACGGUUACCUGGGACUGCGAAGUGAAAUAUCCUGGGCGCGAAAGGGAGAUUCGUCAGCUUGUGCAGUGGCCGAUUCAAUCAGUCGAAGGUGAGCAUCCUUGGUUUAUGUGUCUUGCAAUCCCAGGUUCUGAUGACGGACAUCAAAUUCAAGCUGACCACAAGCCAGGAAAUGUCAAAUGGAAGGAGCCAUCAGUCUUUGAGGCAUCCAAGAUCGACAUGUGCGAUUGGUUACAGGAUGUAACUGUUUCUAAAGUCACUCAAUGGCUCGAGCUGUGCGGUCAGGAUCACGAUACAUGCAGCCCACCGAGAUCGGGAUUGCAAACACAACAGUGGUAUCCCUCGCGGUUGAUUUCCGUGCAUCCCGGUUCUGUUAGGCUUGUUGAAACGGUGGAGGCAACACUCACUGGGCCCUAUCUCACGCUGAGCCAUCGAUGGCCAGCAAAUGCUUCCGUCUACACCCAGUUGAAGGAAGACAACCUGAGUAGCCUCAAAACAAGGAUCGAUGUCGAUUGUUUGUCCAAGGUCUUUCAAGAUGCUAUCGUGUACACUCGGCGCCUUGGGGUAGAGUAUAUCUGGAUUGACUCUCUUUGCAUCAUCCAAGACAGCAAGGAAGAUUGGGAGGCGGAGUCCGCAACCAUGGCGGACAUCUACUCCAGGUCGUAUUGUAAUCUGUCGGCGACUGCGGAUAGAUGUCAAGACGAGGGACUGUUCCAUCCGAGACAGAGGCUUCAAUUCAGCCAUGAAAGGGUGACUUUCGACUGGGUUGGGGUUCCUUUCAAAACCGAUGAUGGGAAGUUGUCAGACUGCAGUGCGCCUUCUUUUCACAGACAAGAUUACGUUCUGUACGACCCUAACUUCUGGACCAGGCGCGUGGACCAACAAGAGUUGUUCACGCGUGGAUGGGUCUUCCAGGAACAACAACUGGCGCCCCGGAUACUGCACUUCUCAUCCGAUCAGUUGCUCUGGGAAUGUCGCCAGCAUCGGGCAUGCGAGAUGUUCCCGUCAGGCCUUCCUCAAAACGAAAUGGGAUGGGGGGAAAGUUGGCGAAGCAACCCGGCAGCAACCGUCAUAAAGGGCGCCCUGGCUUCGGUAAGGACGGAUGGAGACAGCUCCGGCCUCUACCCAACAUUGGGCUUGUCACCAUGGCUAGCAUGGCAGCAGGUGGUUGGGCAUUAUACCCGCUUGAAUUUGACGAAGGCCCAGGACGCGCUUGUUGCUUUGGGUGGUGUGGCCCGGGUGUACCAGCAGCUCUACAAGAGCAAAUAUGUCGCAGGUCAUUGGGAAGAGGACUUCGUGUCAAGUCUGAUAUGGCGAGUCUCCACUGAGGGUCACAGCCGGAAUUGUCCGUCUGCGAGGGUGCAGAGACCGGAGCAUUUUCGAACCGAAAUCUCCCAAUACAUCGCACCAAGCUGGUCUUGGGCCUCUGCGGAUAUCGGAGUGGUUGGGUAUGGGGCGAGGCUUGUGCCAACGUACACACCCGAUGUCGUCCACAAGUGUGUAAUCGUGUCGAACGGAGAUCAAUUUGGUAUCGUCACUGACGGUUAUCUCCUUCUGAAGGGACCGAUAUAUCCAGCAAGCCUGGCAGUCAACGAUCGUUUCAAUCUCAAAGUCCUUGUGGGGCUGUUGGUGGAGGGAUUCGCCAGCCCUGUGUGGACCGUCGACAUGGACAUGUGUUGCAGGCGUCAUCCUAGCUUGGUAGAGAUAGUGAAGGAAAUCGAAAAUGACGAAGACAGCGAGGCUGGGCUAAGCAGCAACGGAACGGAUGAGGAAGACGCCGAGACGGACGAGGAUUCUGCGGAGCAAAGCGACAGCGGCAGUGAGGAUGACGGCUUUGAUCCAGACUGGGAUCUGAAAACACUGUCAAAACGAUAUCCGGUAGUCUUUUAUCUUCCCAUUUUCGAAGGUACUACUGUUGACGAGUCGGAUAACAUGACAGAAACCAGAACGGGUUUGGUCUUGGAACCAGUGGACGGAUACAGAGGAGCCUACAGGCGUGUGGGGAUUUGUUUCGACAAGCAUGUUGCCAACAGAGAUUGGAUGCUCCCGGAAGCUGUGAAAGCUUCCGAAUCGAUGACGAAGGGUCCUGGCAGUCACUUGUACCUUGGCUUGGGUGAAGGGAUGAUUUUGAUAGUGUGA